AAUCUAACCCGGGACGCGCCGUCGUGCUUUUGGCUGCGAGAGGAGACCAGUAAAGUUUCGGGACUGCUUUCCUCACUUGAUGAAGUUACAAAGUUUCUUCAGUCACAAUGGAAAGAAAGGCGCCCUUCGCCGACUGUGGAGGCAUCCUGUGGUCACAGUGGACUUCACGGAGAAGGAGCUCCAUAUGAAGUUUGUUGAAGUGUUUGCAGAGUGUUGGGGGCCACUCUUAUAACAGUUUAAUAAAAAGGACUGGAUAUAUAAGAUUGUUCCUAUUUAAGAGACCAAAUGUAACUCACUAAAAGAGAGGACUACUGUAUAGACCUUUUGACUCUUUGAGUGGAUAUCCACACAUUUUAAUACAACUGAGACUUAAUCAUUGUUCACGUCACUAUCGGAAAAACUCCAAUGUCUGCCUCGUCUCCCCCAGCCUUACCUCGAGCCUUCCUCCACACUCUCCCUCCUCACCACCCUCCGCCCUCAGUUGCACCAUCCACCCCAUCUCCGUCUCCAAGUCCACCUGGGCCAGUCUACACACGGCUAUCAAACGGCAGCCACAACGCCCCCAGCCCCACUAACUCCCGCGGUUCCUUCCAAGGGGUGUCCUUCCUGCUGCAAAUUGGCCUGACUAGAGAAACAGUCAACCUAGAUCCCAGUGACCCAUCGCUGUCAUCUGUCAAAGAUCUAGUCUGCUCCAUUGUGGACCAGAAGGUAAACAUCCUCCCAUUAAAGUCUGCUCAUUUUGAAUUUCCAGAAUGUGGCUUCUUCGGAAUGUAUGACAAGAUCCUGCUCUUCCGCCACGACUUGCACGAUGACAACAUCCUGCAGCGUCUCACCUCAGCGGAGGACAUCCACGAAGGGGACCUCAUUGAAGUGGUUCUCUCAGCUCAAGCUACAGUUGAAGACUUCCAGAUUCGCCCUCAUGCGCUGUACGUGCACUCGUACAAAGCUCCCACCUUCUGUGACUACUGUGGGGAGAUGCUGUGGGGCCUGGUCCGGCAGGGCCUCAAGUGUGAAGGAUGUGGGCUAAACUACCACAAGCGUUGUGCCUUUAAGAUCCCGAACAACUGUACUGGAUUCAAAAAAAGAAGGUUGUCUAAUGUCUCACUGCCCGGACCAUCGCUGUCAGCCCCACGGCCCCCUCCAAUUGAGAGUGCUGUGGUUGUCCUGGAUGAGCAGCAGAGGUCCCAUCAGGAAGCGGGUAAACGGAUUCUCUCAUGGAGUGGACGGCCCAUCUGGAUGGAGAAGAUGGUUCUGGGUCGGGUUAAAGUCCCACACACUUUUGCUAUUCACACGUACACCCGCCCCACUAUCUGCCAGUACUGUAAACGCCUGCUCAAGGGCCUUUUUCGACAGGGAAUGCAAUGUAAAGACUGUCGAUUCAACUGCCAUAAGAGAUGUGCUUCAAAGGUACCGAGAGACUGUCUGGGGGAGGUGGAUUUCAAUGGAGAGCCUGCGAGCCCUGGUCCAGAUUCAGACACUACCAUGGACACAAUGGAGGUAGACAGUGGCGACAUUGAUGGCAGUCGAAGUCUGGACGACCCAGAGGAGCCAUCCACACCAGACGAGAGGAUGUUUGACAUGGAUUCACCCUUUUUAGACAGAGAGAAGGACGAGGAGCCCAUAAAAACUAUAAGUCCUUCCACUAGUAGCAACAUCCCCCUGAUGCGGGUGGUCCAGUCCAUCAAACACACUAAAAGGCGGAGCUCCACUGUGGUGAAGGAGGGCUGGAUGGUUCACUAUACCAGCAGGGACAACCUGCGGAAGCGACAUUACUGGAGACUGGACAGCAAGAGUCUGACCCUCUUCCAGAAUGACACUGGCGCCAAGUUCUAUAAAGAAAUUCCUCUGUCUGAGAUCCUCCAGGUUGAACCACCAAGGGACUACCGGAACCUGGCACAGGGCAGUAACGCACACUGCUUUGAGAUCAUCACGGCCACCAUGGUGUACUAUGUGGGGGAGAAUAAUGGCAGUCACUACCACAGCCCUGCUCUGGCCGCCUCAGGAGUGGGUCUGGAUGUGGCUCAGGGCUGGGAAAAAGCCAUCAGACAGGCCCUCAUGCCAGUGACCCCUCAGCCCAGUGUGGCCUGUGGAACUGGAGCGGGCAAAGAUCACAAAGAGCUGUCCAUCAGCAUAUCUGUGUCUAACUGCCAGAUCCAGGAGAAUGUGGAUAUUGCUUCAAUCUAUCAAAUAUUUUCUGAUGAAGUGCUGGGAUCUGGACAGUUUGGCAUUGUUUAUGGAGGCAAACAUCGCAAGACCGGCAGGGAUGUGGCAAUCAAGGUCAUUGACAAGAUGAGAUUUCCCACUAAACAGGAGAGUCAGCUUAGAAAUGAGGUGGCCAUUUUACAGAACCUGCAUCAUCCGGGAAUCGUCAACUUGGAGUGUAUGUUUGAGACACCAGAGCGAGUCUUUGUUGUCAUGGAGAAGUUGCAUGGCGAUAUGCUGGAGAUGAUCCUGUCCAGUGAGAAGAGCAAACUACCUGAACGCAUCACCAAAUUCCUUGUCACACAGAUCCUUGUGGCCUUGAGGCAUCUGCACUUCAAAAACAUAGUUCACUGUGACCUAAAGCCUGAAAACGUACUACUAGCCUCUGCUGAGCCCUUUCCUCAGGUAAAGUUGUGUGAUUUUGGAUUUGCCCGUAUAAUUGGAGAGAAGUCCUUCCGGCGGUCGGUAGUGGGCACGCCUGCGUACCUGGCUCCAGAGGUCCUGCGUAGUAAAGGCUAUAACCGCUCCUUGGACAUGUGGUCAGUGGGGGUCAUUGUGUAUGUGAGCCUGAGUGGGACAUUUCCUUUCAAUGAGGACGAGGACAUUAAUGACCAGAUACAGAACGCUGCAUUUAUGUACCCCCCUGCUCCCUGGAAGGACAUCUCCACAGAGGCUAUUGAUUUGAUCAAUAAUCUCCUACAAGUCAAGAUGAGAAAGAGAUAUAGCGUUGACAAAUGUCUGAGCCAUCCCUGGUUACAAGACUACCAAACAUGGUUGGACCUGCGUGAGUUUGAGACGCGGCGAGGGGAGCGUUACAUCACCCAUGAGAGCGAUGAUGCGCGCUGGGAGGAGUACGCUGAUGAGCACUGUCUUGUUUACCCCAAACACUUCAUCAUGGCUCCUAACCUAGAUGACAUGGAUGAGGACCCCUAGUGGAGAAGGACACUUUGUGCACGUGGGAUAUUGGUGCAAAGACUUUUUAACCUGACACUUUGGGAGCUGUGGAUUUCCCCUUCAGAACCCCCAGAACAGUUUGUUGUGGAAACAGUUUUAAAAUAAGGUGGGGAAUUGCCCUGUAGAGACUUAAAUAACAUAAGAAAUAUCAGGAAAUGUGGGGGAAGUGUACCACAAAAAGUGACUGUUGGCAAAAAACUCUUGACUUCUCCUUUUAUGAACUUAAGUCAUUCCAUGUUUGUGUUAUGUUUUUGUUGAUUGUGAAGUCUGAAUCUUCCAUGCUUAGCUAUACAAUCAGCAAUACAAAAUGCAAAACGUAAAUUAAUGUCUGUUUUUUAAUGAAGGAUGGGAGACCAGAGAGCUUACCCAAAUAAGGAGUUAAGGGCAACUGUCACAAGGGAUUCACGGUGUCCAUUCAUUCUUUGUCUUAAAACUGGAACAGGCUAAUUUUCAGUUCACUCAUUGUGUUAGGCAUUUGCACUAUGUUAUUUACAAAUGAACAUGGCAAAUGGACAGAAAACACUAUACGCUGCUACAGUUCUUGGACACCCAGGUUGGUCCUGAGCACAGAAGGGGGUACAGCGCACAGCCACACGAGCAGGUACAUGUCUCUACUCCAAGGAGAAUGAGCUGCUAGUGGCACAAUGGUCUUCUCAUUGUUUCCUUAAAAUGUGUUCAAUUUAAUGUAUUCUUAAUUUUGUUAUUUUUGUUGUUUAAAUUAACAUCGUGAGUAUUUUACUUGUUUCAAAACCAAACUCUGAAAAGUUUCUUAAUGCAAUAAUGGAGCCACCCCAAGCCAGCAACGUGCAACAUGGACUCUUUUUGAGCAGCACACUCCUGUCUACAGACCUAUUUUCAUGUGAUCUAUUUCUUGAAUAUGUGUUACAAUGCUUUGAACGUGAUUCCUUUGUCAAAGACUCUAUCCGUUGGAUGUUACAUUUGUAUAUGAAGUUUUUAUCGUCCAUUUUGUAUGAAUUGAAACUAUGACAGUUUGGCACAGAAGUUGGGAGUACAUUCCAUUUUCCUAUUCCUUCCUAUCUAUGGUCUAUGUUGCCACUGGAUUGGCAGGUGUCAGUGUUUUGUAUAUUUCAGAUACCUAUGGAAUAAAACAUCUUUAACUUUAA